UCUUUUGUGAUUGUGUUAUGAGGAUCUUUACCAUCUUAUUACAAGUGAAAAUGGACAAGUGCCUAGCACACUCUGUAUCUGAAGCUGCAUCAGUUGCAUGGACCCAUUACACAACUACAGAGAGAGCAGAGCCACUGCUUGCGAGACUCCACUAUCAAUCAGAUCUCAAUAACCUCACUAAAAGUGACAAUCUCAAUGAACAAGAUGAAGUACCCACUGAUGACCAACCAAGCUCUGAAGAUGGACAAUUUGACCCCUACACGGCCCAGUCCCUAGUUUGUGAGCUCAACAAACAGGUGAUGAUGUUUCAAGCAUUAGCAGCAGAAGCCACGUUCAUUACACAGCAAGCUACAUUUGAGGUACAAGAGCAGCCCCUCCCCCCAGUCUAGGAUGAAACCAGAGAAGUGCAAGACAUCCCUGAAAAUAUUACGAUAGAAACCGUUGUAUCACAAAACACCACACGGCAGCAAAGUGAUGAAGUCAUAGCAAUGCAAGACAACGAUGCACACGUUGAUGUCCCCACGGAGAUGAGUCCCCUCCAUGGUCGUCUUGGGCACACCACCGAACAGCAUCAGUAAAACACCUCGCUUCAUCAACGUGUGCUUCAACGAUGAGGUGAAGCGAGGUGUUCUACUGAUGCUGUUCGGUGGUGUGCCCAAGACGACCACGGAGGGGACUCGUCUCCGUGGGGACAUCAACGUGUGCUUCAACGAUGAGGUGAAGCGAGGUGUUCUACUGAUGCUGUUCGGUGGUGUGCCCAAGACGACCAUGGAGGGAACUCAUCUCCGUGGGGACAUCAACGUGUGCAUCGUGGGGGACCCGUCCUGUGGCAAGAGCCAGUUCCUCAAGAGAGUGGAGGAGUUCAGUCCUCGUGCAGUGUACACUAGUGGCAAGGCCUCGACAACAGCUGGACUCACAGCUGCCGUGGUCAAGGACGAGGAGAGUCACGAGUUUGUUAUAGAGGCUGGCGCUCUCAUGCUCGCUGACAAUGGAGUUUGUUGUAUUGACGAGUUUGAUAAGAUGGACCUCAAAGACCAAGUAGCCAUUCAUGAAGCCAUGGAGCAACAGACCAUCUCAAUCACCAAGGCUGGUGUCAAGGCAACUCUCAAUGCUCGUACAUCCAUCCUAGCUGCGGCUAAUCCGAUUGGUGGUCGCUAUGACCGGUCAAAAUCACUCAAGAUGAACAUCCAGCUCACUGCCCCCAUAAUGUCGCGCUUUGACCUCUUCUUCAUCAUAGUGGAUGAGUGUAACGAGGUGACUGACUAUGCCAUCGCUAGGCGUAUUGUGGACCUCCACAGUCACAAGACAGAGGCAGUGGAGCGUGUCUAUUCCCUCGAGGAGAUCCAACGCUACGUAUUGUUUGCUCGUCAGUUCAAGCCUCGUAUCAGCCCCACCUCUGGUGAGUACAUGGUGGAGCAGUACAAGAAACUACGGCAGAGAGACUGCUCGGGCAUGGCUCGGUCGUCAUGGAGAAUCACCGUGAGACAGUUGGAGAGUUUGAUACGACUCGCGGAGGCCAUGGCCAGGAUCCACUGCUCUGAUGAGGUACAACCCAAGCAUGUGAAGGAAGGCUUUCGUUUGCUCAAUAAGUCCAUUAUUCGUGUGGAGACUCCGGACAUUAACUUUGACGAGGAUGAACAGAUCAUCAAUGUAAUAAAUGGGGACUGCAUGACCAAUGGUGAGAAUAGUGUCAAUGGCGAGAAUGGAGUGAACGGCCACACUCCAAUAGACCAAUCAGAUCCAUCCACCCAACCGCCGGUGAAGACCAAGAAGAUACGAGUUACGUAUGAGGAAUAUCGUAUCAUCUCCAACCUGCUCAUCCUGCACAUGCGUCAGAGCGAGGAGGCAGACAAAGAUUCUAGCGGAGUUCGUGAAGGUGACCUAGUGAACUGGUACCUGAAGGAGGUGGCGGAUGACAUAGAGAAUGUGGAGGAGCUGACAGAGAAGAAGCUCCUCGUGGAGAAGGUCAUCGAGAGACUUGUGCAACAUGACCACAUUCUGUUGCCAUUGGUGAUGGGGGAGGAGUCAGACGAAGAUCCAUUCCUGGUGGUUCAUCCCAACUACGUCGUUGAGACAUGAACACAUCGAACAUUAUUUUGU